AUGGACCCAAUGAAUAGAGUGUCCAAGGACUAUUUGGACAAAUUUGUGAUUUUCUUCAUCGAUGAUACACUAGUUUACUCUCAGACAGAGGUGACCUUCCUUGGUCACCUUGUCAUAAGGAUGGAAAUCAUGGUGGAUCCAGCCAAGAUCGAGGCAAUGAGAGAUUGGCCAAGGCCCAAGAGUGCCACAGAGAUUAGAAGUUUCCUGGGUUUAGCGAGAUACUAUCGGUGUUUUGUUGAAGGGUUCUCAAGGAUUGCAAUGCCACUAACAGAGUUGACACGUAAGAACUUGAAGUUCGUUUGGUCUGACAGAUGUGAGAACAAUUUUCAAGAGUUGAAACGGCUGUUGAUCACUGGUCCGGUGUUGAGUCUUCCUUCAGAUCAGGGGAAAUUUGUGGUUUACUGCAAUGCAUCCAAGCAUGGGUUAGGUUGCAUUGUGAUGCAGGCUUGUAAGGUAGUUGCCUAUGCCUCAAGAUAG